AUGAAUCAUUCUACAAUCCACUCAAGGGGAAGCUCUAUCUUAGCAGAUGAGAAGGAUGUUUUUCCAGAGCCGCGACCCUUUCAUUCAACGGCCCGGAAACGCAACGCUGUGACAUCCACUUCUCUUAAUGCUCACACUCCGCCGCAACUAGCGCCUAUCACUCAUUCUAAACUUAACUUAAACACUCCUUUAACAAAAAAUUCAAAGGGAAAGAGCAAGUCUGUUGAGGAACGCUCCCAAUCUCCGCGCAGGGUCGCUAGAAGUUUUGAAUCUCGCAGUGAUGUUACUCACACUUCGACAAAGAAACACCGCAGCCUCAGGUCUCCAGGGCCAGUUAAGAAAGGCCAAAAUAUAAUCAGGAAGCCUAUCGCUCUUGACACGCUUGAAAUUGACCAGAAAGGUCCCACGCUGCCAGAUAGGUUCAUUCCCAGAAGAGAGAAUAGCAUUACUCCAUCAACACCCUUCCGGGUAGGGAAGAGCGCCCGAGAACUUUCUCCGGAGGAGAGGCUUCUACGACAGCGUUUACCAAGAGAGGACCCUUUCCUGCCAACUCGCUCUGGAAGACCUAUCAGCACACCAAGAAUACCGUCUGACCGUAUUUGCAGUACUCACUAUGGCCCUCAUCUCGUCAUUGACCCGGCCGUUCCGAGUAAUGACUUCGCCCGUGGUUCCAGGGACUUUUCUAGACAAGUCAGCAAUGGGGCUGUCUGGAACGUGGGAGGAACAUCAGCUGCACUAGGUCGACGAUCUAUGGCGACUUCUAAUGGCUCGGGUGGGCAGAUUGCCAGUGGAACGACUGCCCCGAUGUUUGCUGCCAGAUUCCUGCCCCAUGUUGCGUCGACAGAGGAGCGUGAAAAACAUAAGUCCAGAGUGGCUCUUGCCUUGGAUAUUGACCCAGCAAGGAGACUCCUGAAGAACUGCAAGCCUUGGCCUUUGCUUGUGUCCUUACCUAGCCCGUCAUCGCCAGACUUUGAGAAAUAUUCUCCGUUUGUUUGGAAAGAUAAUGCCUGGAGGCGGGCGGAGAAGUACCAGUGGACUGUUGCAAAGGAGGGUGAAAGGGUGGUCCCGAACCGCCCUUUUCGCAUCCUGGAUGCUCCGCUCCUCCGAGACGAUUUUUAUUGUUCGACAUUGGCAUACUCAUCCACGUCCGGCAUACUUGCUGUCGGCCUCGGUCAUCGAGUUUACCUAUGGUCUGAGCAUCUGGGUGUGCAGCAUCCGCCACUCAGUGAUCAACACCCCUCAAACUAUGUGACAUCACUUGCGUUCUCCUCUGAGAACGGUGGAAAAAGCAUUUUAGCCGUGGGGAGACAGUCGGGUAUGUUAUCUCUUUGGAGUACAUUCGAUUCUGAUGUCCGUUUCGAGAUAAGCCAUCCGGAUUCUAUAACUUGUCUGGCAUUUCGGCCAACAAAGUCCCGGAGAUUAUCCGAGAGACUCCGUCACCUUGAAGUCGAUGUUGAGGAACUCGCUGUAGGUGAUGAUCUUGGGAAUAUCUGGUACUACUCCGUAGAAUGGCCUGAUAAUGAAGAAUGGGAUGAAUACGACUUCAAUGGAUCCAUGACUCUAAUUGCUAAGAUUUCGGCGCACACGCAGCAGAUCUGCGGCAUCACUUGGUCCCCGGAAGGCUCAUAUCUUGCAACGGGAGGGAAUGACAACUGCUGCUUGCUCUUCGACCUCCAUGAUAUUCUUCCUCCACGGGAGCACAAGCCUUCGUCUCAGGGUCGCACACCACAUCAGUCGCGUCAGUCAGAAGGCACGGAAUGUACAGGCACGUUUACUUGCUUUGCUGCCAGUGCAAGCAAACGGCUUUUUCGGCGGCGCAGUCUUAUUAGUCACCUCCUUCCGGUCUCGCCCUGGGCCUUUUCCAGCGCAAAACCACUGUAUACUUCUCUCCUCAAUCAUACUGGGUCGUUGAUCUCCGGCGGUGAUCGAACCGUCCUGGUGCCGUCUAACCGCCAAAGACAUCGGCUGGUGCAUGGCGCCGCAGUCAAGGCUAUCGCGUUUGCCCCUUGGCAACCGUCUCUUUUGGCUACUGGGGGCGGGUCAAACGACCGAGCCAUUCAUUUCUACCAUGCCCCGACGGGCGCCUGUCUGGCCACGAUCAACGUGUAUGCCCAGGUGACCAGCUUGAUUUGGAGUCGUACCCGACGGGAAAUUGUUGCUACAUUCGGAUUCGCACAGCCCGAACAUCCGUUCCGCAUCGCAGUGUUCGCCUGGCCGAGCUGUGAGCAGAUCGCUGCGAUACCUUGGGGGCCGCAUGGAAGUAGUUGGGACAGCCCUGAAAGCGAAAUGAUUGAUUGUGGGCGUGCACUCUGCGCUGUGAGUUAUCCCGGCCGUCCUCGCGACUGCGAAGACCACAGACCGGAUCAGGAAAGCCGUUCCUCUACAUCGAUGGUGAUGCACGACCGGCUAGCUGAACCAAGUCGGAGUGAGCCCAGCCGACGGAGCACGGUUCGGGAAGUUGUACGACCUCGCGCCAAAGAGGGGGGUCUCUGGUGUUCGCGCACGGUGCAAGAAGGCUGUAUCAUCGUGGCUUCCAGCGACCAAAGUGUCAAAUUUCAUGAAGUAUGGAGCGGUCCCAAGCGAGGCGCGGCAGUUGUGGCCGGACCUCUCGGAGGCAGUGGUAUUCUCGAGGGGCUCGAGGGACUGGAGAUUCUCGGGGACGAGAUCAUCCGUUAAUGAACAUUACAGAUUCGCACAUAUCAUUAUGAUUAUUGAUUAGAAAGGGUUUGGCUAUCACUAUUACCCC